UUUGGCAACCAUGUUGUCGAGUCGGCUCCUAUUGGCGGUGCUCCUUAGCACCCAGGCCGCCUUCGGCUUCUCGGUGGCCGGCCAACUGCAGCAGCCGCCGCAGCCGCCGGAGAGCACCUGCGAGGCCAACGGGAGCGUCUACUACUUGGGGGAGUGGUACUUCCUGGACUCGGACCACUGUACCCAGUGCGAGUGCACCGCCGAGGGCUCGGCCUGUGCCCGCACCGAGUGCACCAGCCUGCCGCCGGGCUGCAUCCAUGUGAGCCACUACCCCAGCGACUGCUGCCCCCGCUGCGAGAGAAUCGGCUGCGAGUACCGGGGGGUGGUCUACGAACUGGGGCACAACUUUCAGCCAACCGAAUGCGAGCAGUGCACGUGCGACAGGGACGGCAUCGCCCGCUGUCUGGUGGCCGACUGCGCGCCCCCACCUUGCGUCAACCCCGUGUACCAGCCUGGCAAGUGCUGCCCCGAGUGCCAGGAGGGUCCAAACUGCUAUGUGGACUCGUCCCGUAGCUGGGUGAUUCCCGCCGGCGAUCCCGUCUGGGUGGACCCCUGCACCAAGUGCCGUUGCCACGACGGCCAGGACGCCGGCUACUGGGAGGGCAAUCGCCUGGCCACAUGCUCCCGCCUCAAGAACUGCACGCCCGAGCAGUCCCAGACACAAAACUGAUCUCACACGUCAUCCAUCUUCACCAUAACACCAAAGACUUUUGUGUGUGUGUGUGUGCGCAAAAUUUUGUUCAACACUUAAUAGUUAGACAGUUUAGAGGUCAAAAUAAGCCCUGUAAAGGUUCUAGAACGUUUUAAUUUCAUUUAAAAUUUUCACCCAAAAGCCCAAUAUCCUGCAUAUCUUCAAUACUGGCAUUGAUGCCAAAUUGAACUAGAAAAGCACUGAAUAGCGCAAGUUCAUAAAACACCAUCCUGUUUGUUAGUUAGCAGGCCCGUCUACUUCCUAGAGUGUGACCAGACAGACGAGACCAUUAUCAUCAGUGGGGGUGGACUGUACCACUCACAAAAAAAUAAUGUAUUCCCUUAAUUGUUAAAGGAGUUUAAUUAAGUUUACAUGGAAAGUGUAGCGGCGGCACGGUGCACGACUGGUUAGAGCGUCUGCCUCACAGUUCUGAGGACCGGGGUUCAAUCCCCAGCCUCACCUGUGUGGAGUUUGCAUGUUCUCCCCGUGCCUGCGUGGGUUUUCUCCGGGCACUCCGAUUUCUUCCCACAUCCCAAGCACAUGCAUGGUAGGUUAAUUGAAGACUAAAUUGUCCUUAGGUGUGAAUGUGAGUGCGAAUGUGCCCUGCGAUUGGCUGGCGACCAGUUUAGGGCGUACCCCGCCUCCUGCCCGAUGACAGCUGGGAUAGGCUCCAGCGCUGCCGCGACCCUAGUGAGGAUAAGCAGCUCAGAAAAUGAAUGAAUGGAUGGAUGGAAAGUGUAGCGUAGCAUUGAAACGACGAUGGGACGAUAAGGACGCGUAAUUGACCUGUCACAGGUCGCCGCUGUGAUGCAAUUUCGAUUUAGCUAAUUGUCUAGCAAAGCAAUAAAUAUCAGUUUUAAGCCGUCCUUAGUGCGUGUGGUGACCUCAAGAUGAAUUGAUUGGACUGACUGAAAGGCUCCUACAGUGCGAUACUGGAAUGAAUGCUACAAAAUAUUUUCCAUGACACGAGUGCGAACCUCUUCCAAGGCCGAACAAUCCACAUUCGGAUGUUAACAUAAUAUUGUGUUGGAGCACUGAAUGACUUAAAAA